CGGUAAAACACUCCAUCCUAUCUUCAGGACUUGGGCUGUCGUCAUAAAGCCUAUCACCACCAGAAUGCCUAGUUGCGCAUACGUAGCCCGACAGAUUCUUCACGGAUCUGGGACCCCUGCCGACCCCAUCUGACCCUGGGUUUAUAUCUCGAGCCCGUCUCCCCUGCCUCUGCCUCCCUUGAUUUUCCACUACUACUACUAUACAAUCGACCACUGACUCAGUACUUAUUGUUCAUAUCGCAGUAUAUAUUGGCCUUUGAAAAUCUCCCAAUUGACACCUCAUGUACUCAACAUAUCUGUUUUUGCUGACUGUUGUCACGCUAUCCUCCCCCGCCGUUGCACAGGGUAUUCUAAGUAGUGUCGACAGUCAAGAUGGCAGCGGGGAAUCAGAAUCGUCUUUGACACACAGCGUUUCUUCCAAAGGAAUGAUAAUUCUGUGUACGAUAGUGGCCGUGGUUGUGCUCAUCGGAGGUAUGUUCUGGAGGGGCGAUACGUCCAAGUACAUGAACAAACUCAACAACCCAGCGCUGACCACCCCACCUUCUUUAGUUGUAUUCACUGCUGUCUUCAUAACGGCAAAGAAGAGGCGUUUGAAGACACGCGAAGCAGUCUCCUUCACAGACUCUACCGACGGGCCCUUGAGUGUUACACACACGACAGGAAGAGGUCAACCCAUAUCCGAAAGCACGAAGGGCGGUGCAAUUCAACCAGAUCUAGAGAAGAAUGCUAGAGUUCGUCAAGAUCGAUCGCACAGAGACUCCGACACGAAGCAAAGGGGAUGGGGAUCAUACUUCUCUUUCGGGCGCACAUGAUUACGAGCGCAUCAAUCCUUUUGAUUCAGCAGCGAGUAUCUUCUACCUGACCAGCAGCUACGUACAAUGUUUAUUUCUUUGCGGUCCUAGCGCGUGGGCUGAUGUCCGCCCGAUGUUGAU